AUGAGAACAUUAUCUGCUCAAUUUUUUAAAAUAUGCACUUUCUUUCUAGUUGUUAUCAUAACAACAACUGCAGGAGUAUCUAUUCCAUCUAUUUCCAAGAGAGAAACGGUUGCUAAAUGUCCAGACCCCAACUAUCCUGUGUUUGUAAGUUCCUAUUGCAAAACACUGCAAACAAUGACUGUUGAAUGUAAAAAUAAUAAUAAUGCAAGGGCUAGUCACGAUCAACAAUGUAAUCAAGGCGAAAACUGUAUUGAUUUUCUUCUUAGUGAUGAAGUACCAUUUGCAAUGUGUAUCCCAGUAAGCAAACUUUUGCAUUGGACUAAUGGCAAUUAUAAUGAUAAAGUUUGUUCGGGCACUAUUAGAUUUGACUCAGGUACUAACGGUGAAAGUAUAUCAAUCGGACUUAAUACAUAUGAUACAAAUGGAAACCCAAUACAAGUAUUUGAUGUGGUUGGAAGAGUUAAUAACAAUCAAAUUGGUGAAGUAAAGAAUCAACACAAUUACAGUCAAAUAUAUAGACAGUAUAAUGUGCAUGAUGUUGUAACUUUCUGCUUCAUACCAGGCAUUUCAGACCCGAACAAUCCAGAAUAUGCUAACAAAGCAAUUGCUUAUGCUUAUAUUGUACGUCUUAGUGCGAUCGGCGGAAAAGAUGUACAAGUUACAGAUAUUGAACCAGUUAUUUCACAAAAUAAUACUUUGUACAUUGAAAAUUGA